GGAAGUUUGAAUACGUGUAGCUCCAUCCUCACGAGAUCCGGACGUGGAAUGGAGUUUGAUAGAAGCGUGGUUAUUCCUAAAUGUUGGUUUUGCCACGGCCUCGAAGUACUUAGAGUUGGGAAGAUAACGGGCACGAGUUCAAAGGGACUAAUUUUUCUUAUGGGUUCCUGCACGGUACAAAAGAAAUCAGCUUCGAAGCAUUAUCCAAAUUUUGUUCGGGGAAAGGGUUAUCUUUUGGAUGUAACACAAGCCAAAAGUAAAAGUAGAAGAGCCCUGAUAGCCGCAGGAGAUAACUCACUUGAUGAUACAGUUGAAUCUAUACUGAUAAAUUCCUCACAAUCAAAGCUUCUAUACUGCAGAGGAAAGCAUAAUAAAAGAUUUUUGGAUUCCUCAAAAACUUUGAAAAACUUGGCUUGGCCAGAUGACGAGUUGGAUUCUUUGUAUGAUUCAAACCAGCUUCAUAUACAGCCAGAACCAAUUGAAGAUUUUCUUGGAAAUGGUGAAAUCCAAAGUGAAGGCAUAUAUUCAGAAACAGAUAUUACUCUGCCAUCCACUUUAAGAGUGGCUGCUUAUUGUGAUUAUAAUAAUGAUGGUGAUGCAGUAAGAGAUAGUGUGAGCAUUUCUGGAACCCAGGAAUUGAAUGGGGAAAGCAUGGUAACACCUCAGUUCAAUCAAAUUUACCAUGAAUUAUCUAUCAUCCAUCAGAAGCUACAGCAAGAAAAAUUAAGUCAGCAAGAGUAUGCUUUGAAACUUCAAAAGAGAGAAUGCUUCAUAGCUGAACGGGAAGUCCAGCUUUAUAGGCAUGAAGCUGCUUUGACCAAGAUAAAAGGGGUUGAAGAGGAAGUUCAUACAAAAUUUCAAAUUAUGAAGGAGCAACAUGAAGCUGAAAUAAAGCAGUUAUCUGAUGCCUUGAAAGAAAAAACGAAGGAGAACAAAAGGCUGAAGACAUCAUUUGAAACACUAAAGGAGCUGAAUGACACCUUAAAAAAGCAGUUAAGUAAUGUGACUGAGCAAAACAAGAAGCUUGAAGUCCAGUCUCAAAAAGUACAGGCUCGUUUAGAGAAUUUGCAGAGAAAGCAUGAAUUUUUAUCAGUGCAGAGAUCUAAAGAACCCACAUUCCAAGACCGUAAACCUGUGAAGUCAGAAAGAGCAAUAGCAUCAGCAAAGGCCUAUAAAUUACCACUUAAUUCACAUGUCUAUAACUUGUUAACGGUAUUAAUGGACUGGAUCUCAGAGCAGCACCUAUGCAAAUUGAUUGUUGAGGAAGAGAAAGAAAACAUUCACAAGCUAACAGGAACACUUGCUUCCAGCAUAAACUAUACACAGGAGAAAUGUGUCAAGCUUUUGCCUCUAGUUGCAGAACAACUUCGGUGGUUGCCAUUUGUGAAUCCUAAUCUGCACUUCCCUGUGGUUAAGUGCAUUUACUGGGCUGUAAGGCAGUUAGAUGGAAGUACUCAGCAUACAGCAAUGACCUCAACCAUGAGACGGCUGGGUGAAGACUUAUUUAAAGGUGUUGUCCCUAAGGAAAAUCAGCACAAUUCUUCAGAACAUGCUACUGAUUCCAAACCCAAGGCUGCAUCUUUCUUUAAAAGUUGUAGUUUGUCUUUACGAGUUGUGUCAACUUUAAUUAUAAUCAAAGUGGUCACACAAGCUGAUUAUUUGGCACAAGCCUUUGAUUCACUUUGCAUUGAUCUGAAGACUGAAGAAGGGAAAGUCUUGUUUUUGGACUACCAAGCUGUGCCCAUAAUAUUGACUCACCUAAGAAUGUCAAGGAAAGGCCUCCUUUCCAAUGCCAUUGACAGUUUACUUCAGAUGACAACAGAAUCUAGGUAUUUGAAUCGCUUUCUGGAAGCUUGUAGUAAUGAACUCUUUUUCCGGACGUGUUCAGUGCUGCUUCGCAGUUUUAAUCUUGAUAUUCAGCUCCUGGAGAAACUCAGCAUUCUGCUUCAAAAACUUUCAAAAAUCAAGAGUAAUAAGAAGAUGUUUGAGCUGUUUACUCUCCAUCUGAUGAUUCAAGAACUAUUGAGGACAGCACAUCCAGAUCACACGUUUUUGUGCAUUAACCUUAACUCAAUUCUCUUUAAUUUGGGUUUAAUAAAAAACAACCCCAUUGAAAGUAGCCAAAAUGCAAGUGACUAGUAGGCUGCAUUUUAUAAAACGUUUCCAGUGGCUUGUUUAUGUUAUAUGAAUUAACAAAAUGUGGAAUGGAAAUUGCCUCCGUAGGUGUCUCAGUUGUACCAGUCUUCAGAAUACAUCAGUUAGAAUUGCUUUAAUGGAAAUUGUCUGUUUUAUAAUGCUGGAUUGCUUACCUGUACUUGUUUUACACUGGUCUUCAGCCCAAAAGACAGCACCCCACAAUACACUGUUCUUGCAAUGAGAUCAAUGACACCAAAGCUGAAUAGUAUCAUAUUGGAUAUCAUAUAGUAUCAUUUUGCAUAAGUAAUCUUGCGUCCACUAGGACAGGGCAGGUAGUCUUUUUGUAGGCAGAAAACAGACUUUGAUUUUUUUUCCCCUUCUACAAUGUUUGCAUCAUGUGUAGUAAUACAAUGAUGGGGCCAUAUUUCAGCCCAUUUUCUUGGUUCAUUUGGGGAGCAGCUAAGGGAUAAAAUAUGUUCAUUGCAGAGUUUCCCAGAAGUUUAAUGCAUACGAUUUUGUUUAGAAACCAUGAAAAAAAUCAUGGCGCAAAAUUUUGAAAGUCAACAGGAGCCAGAAGAAUGGAAUUGGAUAUCUGAUGAUUGCAGGUUGAUCACUAGGACAGGUCAGAAAGAUUAGUAAUAUUUUUUUAUCUGGGCAACUGGAUAUUCUUUAGAGAUGCUCAUUUUUAGUGAUAAUUGACAGAAUCAGAUUUCCUAGCACUUACAUUCCAGCAAUUCAUUGAGAAGAUAUUGUAUAACUACUGAGGUCAAUGGUAUGUCCUUUCAUUAAAUAUAUGUUCAGCUGCUUUGUGGAGGCUAUUAGUAGCUGAAAAGUUUGGUAUUGGCUUAUCAAAAGAAAGCAUUGAUUCUUAGCUGAGUUUCCAAGAACUUUUUUGCCAGUGUUAGAAAUGCCCCAAUCCUGAAUGUGGAGUACCUGAAAACUGUUGUUAUGUGAGAUAUCCAAAGAAAAGCCUUCUUUGUUCAGGUGAUUUCAAGUUAUGCAAUAAUAGAAAUGUACAGAUUUUGAAAAUUAUUUGAAACAAAUCCUUCAAAGCACAAAUAUUUAAGGUAACUACAGUAUAUCUUUAAAGAACUUGAGAACAUGCAAUUGCUUUAAGAAGGCACAUUAAAGACACAGCUGCUUUAAAGAGAUUCUGUGCCUUGCUAUAAUGCAUUCCAGAGAAUCUGAAUCAUUAUUGAACAGAACACUUAAAACUUUUUCUGAUUUCUUUAUGUUACAAAAGGGCCAGUUAUUGAACUCAAUCUUGACAGACAUUAAUUUGUUUUGUCUGAUAUUUUCCGUACAGUAUGCUGGGUCUUACAAGGUUCACAAAAAGAUUUAUUUUAUCCUUUAUGUAUGUUUAUUUUUUUUAUUGUCAUGUUAUAGUGAGCACUCCGAAAUGUCCUUAUGCAUCAUUUUAAUGUAAUAAAGUAACAAUUUAAAAUAA